UUAUGGGCGUGGUUUUGUCGACAAGACGAACCAUCGCCAGUACAUCCGGAUCACCUAUCUACACGCAGUCAGUGUUAAUGCCCGCCACCUCAGCUUCCCAAAGGGUUUCUCUAGUUGCUACAGCCGUCGCCACGUAUGACGACAUCAAGGAUGACAAGUGACGUAUUGAGUGGCAACUUUGUUGAGGUCCCGAGGGACUGGUCAUCUGCUACAGCCGACGAAACGGCAGACGAGAUCGCUCGCUUGAACAGAGAGCUGUGCGAGGCGACGGAUGAUAAGAUUAAGGCGGCACAAUAUGGUCUGAUUGUGUUGCAGCAGAAGGAGAGAGUGCAGGAGGAGAAUGAGCGCAUUGAGUCGCUCUAUGAUGCGGCGAGGCGUGACGCUGAGGCCAACGAAGAGAUGAUUAGAAAGCUGCUUGAAGAGCAAGAAAGACGAAAUCGAGAAUGGGAAACAACCAAAAAUCGCUUGAUUAAGGAAAGCGAGUCUCAAGAGCAAUCUCUUAUAACUCGAGUCAAAGAAUUGGAACAAGAAGUGGCAACACUGAAGAAAGGAUCAAAGGUCAGUGCCAUUAAGAAAGCCGACAAUGAAGCUUUAGAGAAUGAACUGGAGCAACUCAAAACAAAAGAGAAAAAUCUAGUUACUGAACUACGUGACGUUAAAACAAAGGAAAUCCGAGCGAGUCAAGAGAAACGAGAACUUGAAGCAAUUGUGUCGAGUUUAGAAGAACGACUGUCCAAACUUCGAGCUGUUGAAGCCGAAUGUGAGAGCCUUCAAGAGCUAAAUCUGAGUUUACGAGAAGAAGCAGAGACACUGGAAGAGAGACUACAAGAGUCAAUUGCUGAACGACAACUUGCUGAACAACACACAUCUCAAAUCUUCAAUACGCUGAGAGAGGAACGAGAAUCCAAGCACAAACUAGAGGAACAGCUUGGUGAAAUGGAGGCUGAUCUGACAGCCAUGAGACUUGGGUUGAAUUCACCGAGCGAGAAUGUUUCUUCGAGAUCUAAUUCAUGUGAAACAGAGAUGGAAGAGACUGUAGCAGUUGGUCAGAGUUUGUGUGAUGAGUUACAAAAAUCUCUUGAUAUCAACCCAAGUCACGUGUUACAGCUUGAAAAUGAGGUUGCUGCUUUGAAAGAGAACAACAAGACAUUAAAAGUGCAGACAGAUAAAUUGAAGAGAGAGUUGGCCGAGAACAGACGAAUCAUUGAGAAAUUACAAGGAGAAAAGGCAAAUGCUUUGAAGGAUUUGGAUGCAGCACGAGGAGUGACUGAUGCUGAGGCUUUGUGUGGACAGUUGAAGGCUGAACGAGAAUUGGCUGAGCUUCGACAUGCACAUGUGACACUCCAAACCAGCUCAUCAGAGGAAAUUCGGUUUCUCAAGGGAAAAAUUGAUAGUCUCAAUGAGAGGGAACAGAAGCUGAAGGCUGCCAUUGCAACACGGGAAUCCGAAGCUUCCACGUUAAAUGUAAAAGUGGAGAGUUUGCAAGGUGGCAUGCGAGAUAUGGAGAUGAUAUCGUCAGUGCAAGCAGCUAGUCUGGAAAAAGAGGUGACAAGACUGAGAGAAAGCUGUGCUGAGCAGACGGAUGUGAUAAAAUCACUGCAGGAUCAGUUGGUGUUGAAAGGAAAGUCUUUGCAAGAUUCUGAGACAGGAUUGAAGGAAACGAGAAAGGACAUGACAACUAUGAAUGAAGAGCUAUCGGCUCUUUGCCAUUAUAUCAGAGUUCUUAAUGGCGACGAAGACAAGACUGGGGAUAUGGCCAAUGGAAAAGAUGACAGUGAUGGGUUGCAGAUUCCUACUGAUGCCACGCUUGCAACGUGUUGCUUACAACUUGCUGCUCGUGCUAAAGUCCAGACUCGCUCACUCCAGCAAGCAGUAGAAAGGACGGUGCAACAGGCACUCGAACGAUCACGAGGCACUGAAAAUGAUGCCACGUCUAGUCACAUGGCUGAGCUGGAGAAACGAGUGGGACAGCUACAACGGCAACUCAGUAGCAAGAAGGAAGAGAUUGCAACUCUUAAAGUUGUACUUCGAAUGUCCAAGUCAAUGACUGAGACAAACUUUUUCCAUGCAACGAGUCGAUUUGAAGAUGAGAAGAGAGCACUACAGAGGGAGAUUGAUAUUUUAAGGGCCGACAUGCAAGUCAUGAUUCAAAGAGAGUCGGAGUUUAAUGUUCUUCGUUCUGUGUUUGCUAAUCGUUGUGAUGAGUAUGUGUCUCAGUUGGCUGAUAUGCAGCAUCAGAUGAAAGCAGCAGAGGAAGAGAAGGCCACGCUGGAGACGAUGCUGUCACAGGCGAUUAAACAGAAACUUGCCGCAAGACAGAAACUAGAAGAGUAUGAGAUCGAACGUGAACGACUGUACAAUAUACCAAGAAAGUUGCCUUCGUCUCGUAUUUAGCAUAUUUAUAAUUUUAUAUUUAAUAUUUGUAGAUUAUGUUGCUACAA